UAUCGAGCGGGUCAUGAUGAUCGAAGCAAGCCCAGCGUAAACAAAAGCAAAAAGUCAGAAUUGGAGAUAUCUGAAUUCAAUUGUGAUUCCCUCCUUUUGUGUUGCAGAAUGUCGAUGGAAGAAAGAGAGAAUCCGCUGAAAUCGGAAUUAGAAUCAGACUCGAGUUCUGAAUCGGAUACGGAACCGGGGUCGAAGCCGAAACGGCGGGUGAUUUAUGAUUGGGAAUUGAAACGGCCUGAAGAUCUUGUUGCGAGUGACUUUUCCAUGUAUGAGGAUGAUCCUAAACCUUUUGCGAUGGUUUCUGGGCGUUUUGAGUAUAAGAAUAAGGCUUGGAUUGAAAGAGAGAAGCAAAUUAAAAUCGCCAUGGCUGACUAUACAGAGCGCUCUCGCAACCUAAGUCUCUUCGAUGCCAUCGCUCCUCCAGAAAUUGCAAAUAUAUGUGGCGGUGUAAUUCCCCUUACCAUAGACGAUGAGCUCCGCGGUGAUCUCAUUCCCCUCUGCAACGCUGCCUUAGAGAUCUACAAUACUGACAAGGGUUCAAAUUUUGUGCUUACUGACAUUGUAAGGACAACCUGGAGAGCUGGUGGUAUGUAUUACAUCACCUUUCAAGCACAAGAUACUCCCAACAGCCCUCAUAUAACAUUCCAGGCACAUGUACGAUUAAUGCUAGUUGGACCACACAAGGUCUAUUCAUGCGCCAUUAAAACCUAACAUCCGCCAUGGUAGUAAUUUUUUUACAUUAAUAUAAUUCAUUUGAAAUUGUAUUUGAUUAUGGUAUUCAUAAAUCAUAAUAAGCUUCAGCUAUUUUUUUCCUUUUAAUUUAAUUCUCAAUUAUGAAAAAAAUGGUUUCCAUACUAACCUAAAUCCAAAGAGACUAUACUAGACUAUC